GGCCCGUGGGAAGGCUUUGGCAGCCCACUCAGCAGCAGCACGAGGACCAAUGCCGGGUCAGGACGAAUGUGUCUACGAUACCAGCACCUACUAAACUGAUCAGACCUCUUCUGCCUUAUGCCGCGUCUUGUGACAGGCAAGCAUGGCCGUGCGAGCAGGCUCGACACUGUAAUCCGGACGCCAUGGACUUUGUUCAAGAACUAAAGUUUCCCUUGGUACCAGACCACCAGCUCAUCACGCUGGUGCAGUACAAUGCGGUUCGUGCGAUCCUGCUCAACAUGUCCAUAUUGUCCAUGCUCCAUGUGCUGCCCGCGGGCUGCCCGCAGUCACUCGGCGUUCGACCUGCAAGCCUGCCCAACACCUCGCAGCUGCCUCGCGACCUGCAUCCAACCAGCCUCGAGCUAGAGCGGCGCAGCCAUCCUCCAAAGCACCAGUUCAAUAACAACAACACCUCGGAGCCACCAUCCAGUUCUUCACGGAAACCAGCGACGGUUUCCUGGUUCAACAUAUUCGCAGCAAUUCCAAUCCCGCAGCUACGUGACAACAUUAUUCUACAUGCCCACCGCCUUGACCUAGAUGACCUUGCGCAUGACCUCGGAAAAGGCGUGUAUGAUGGUUUGGACGACCCCGAACGACGAGGACUGGUGGUUUGGGGCGAUCGGCCGUGGAGCGCGCACAACUGGGAGGCCAGCGACGGGUUCGUGCGCAAAUGGGGAUUCCUGCUGGAGGGGUGCGUUGAUCUUGUGGUGUCGACGAACAGAUGGAGAGGACUUCGUGGGGAUGACGUAUUGCUUGGGGGUUGUGUGUGGAAAUGGGGCACUGGUCGUUCCAAGGCGCUGCGAUGAUGAUGAUGGUAACCAAGUCACUUUGUUAUGUACAAAACCGCUGGGGCAGCAUCUUUGACCAACUGGUCAUCACAACCUCUGUAGAGUGUGGGGUUUCGUAUUCAUCUGAAAUGUAUGGCAUGCCUGAGCUGGGUCAUCCACUAGAGGUGGUGAGUUUUCGGCACUUGCAGAGGGUUCUCCUGCCUGCCGCAACAGGCACGCAGCAAUGUAUCAUCAUCGCGCCAGCAGCUUGUGUGACGCCCUCGCGUUUCUGCACGGCGACAACGACACCAUCAACACCACCACCGGCAACACGAACUCCUCCUCGUGGACAUUGUCACUUUUCAGAGACCCUCUGCAUCUACACGGGACCCGGUAGCAGGUAUCGUC